AUGGACGACGGCCCUCCACCUCCCCCACCUCCACAUGGUGCCAACCCAAAGACAACUGGAGGCAGCCAUGCUCCUCCCGAACCCCCUCCUACCGGCGGUCUCCCUCCGGGCAACUAUGACAUCUUCAUCAUCCCUCCACAUUCCUCAGGGGGUGGCUUCAUAUACCUGCCCAGCCUGGGUGUGCAACAGAACAGCUUCAUAGCUGGUGUACUCAGCACCAUAGCCAGUAUAGUCCUUUGGAAAGCUGCCGAGCCACACGUCAAACAAUACUUCCUCAUCGUCAGACAUGGAGUCACAACUGGCGGCAAUGGUGUCAUUCUGCUAGCCGUCCUCAUGCUCCUUGCAGGCUGGGCUUUCGGCCAGACACAGGCCGGACGCCGAUUCAAUGGCGGAGGCGGCGCGGCAUAUGGCAAUGGGCCACGCGGCGGACCCGGUGCUGGCUCAGGUGCUGGUGCUGGUAACAAUGGAAGCAGCUCUAGCUACCAGCGAGCACCCCCACCACCGCCUCAAAACGGUGGCUUCCCAGGCAGUCCCCCACCUCAUGGCGGAUGGGGCGGAUACCGUCAAUACGGCUCUGCAUCGUCACCCCCUCCACAAGACGACGGGCCUUCCUCGGACGAAGAGGCUGAGCGGGCUGAAGAAGAGCGGAAGCGCGCCGAAGAAAAGCAGAAGCGUGCCGAAGAGAAGGAGAAGAAGGCGAAACAGGAAGAGGAGCGCAAGCAAGCUGAAGAAGCCAAGAGAAAACAAGAAGAAGAAGCCAAGAGAAAACAAGAAGAGGAAGCCGAACGUAAACGUGUCGAGGAAAUCGAGCGUGAGCGCGCCGAGAAAGCAAAGAUGGCAAAGGCACAAGAAGAGGAGCGUAAGCGUGCUGAGGAGUUCAAGCGCCAAGCUGAAGAGGCUAGAAGACAAGCAGAGGAGGCCAGAAGACAAGCCGAAGAGAUCAAGCGACAAGCAGAAGAGGCCAAAAGGCAAGCCGAGGAGGCCAGAUUGAAGGAGGUAGCCAGACUCAAAGAGGAAGCCAGGCUGAAGGAAGAGGCUCGCCUCAAGGAGGAGGCUCGGCUAAAGGAAGAAGCUCGAAUUAAGGAGGAAGCUCGACUCAAGGAAGAAGCUCGACUCAAAGAAGAAGCCAAACUCAGGGAGGAGGCUAGACUCAAAGAGGAGGCCAGACUCAAGGAGGAGGCCAGGAUCAAGGAGCAGGCUAGGUUGAAAGAAGAAGCCAGACUGAAGCGCGAGGCCGAGGAGAAGAAGAAAGCAGAGGAAGAGAGAAGGAGGCGCGAGGCCGAACAGCAGAGGCUUGCCGAAGAGGAGAGGAAGAGGCAAGAGGAAGCCGAACGACAGCGCAUAGCAGAGGAAGAACGCAAAGCUGAGGAAGAGCGCCGCCGGGCUGAAGAAGCUAGACUAGCUGCUGAGGCAGCCAAGAAGAAGAAGGAGGAAGAAGACCGUCGGCGAGCGUGGGAGGAGCUUAAGCGCGCUGAAGAAGCAAGGCAGAAGAAGGAGGCAGAGCAAAAGGCCAAGGAAGAAGCAGCUAAACUUGCGCGUGCCAAAGCUGAAAAGGAGAAGUGGGAGCAGAUGCGCAAACGUGAGCGAGAGCAGCGUGAACGUGAAGCACGAGAACGCCUGGCCAAGGAGAAAGCUCGCAAGCAACAAGAGGCCUUGGAGAAGGAGAAAGCAGAGCGCGAGGCACGCGAAGCAGAAGCACGAGCUCAAAUCGAAAAGGAGAUUCGCGAAAAGCUCGAAGCCGAACAGAGAGCCAAGGCCGAAGAAGAGGCUGCGAAGAAGGCCGCUGCUGACAAGGCUGCUGCCGAAGCUGCCGAAGCAAAAGCGAAGCUUGAAGCAGAACUCGCUGCUGCCAAAGCGAAGGCAGAUGCUGAGCGAGCAGAGCGUCUCAAAGCAGCACGUGAACGAGCUCAAAGGGACCGAGAGGCUCGUCUCAAGGCCGAAGCAGAGAAGGUCAAGGCUGAAGCAGAAAGGAUCAAAGCCGAGAAGAUCAAGGCUGAGAAGCUACAAGCUGAGCAGCUUAAAGCUGAGGCAGAGAGGAUCAAAGCCGAAGCAGAGAGAAUCAAAGCUGAAGAGGCUGCUGCCGCUGAGGCUGCUGCUGCUGCCGCCGCUGCCGCCGCGGCCCCAGAGAUCACAUCAACCCGCAGAUCUACUACUUAUGGUGGCGUUGGCGGCGGCGAACGACUUGACCCCUAUGCAGGCGUGAGGAUGCCAGCUCCUGCUUCUGUCGCCUCCAGUCAAUCGUCUCCUAUCAAGGCCACCGUCACAUCCAAGAAAUCUUACGAGAAACCCAGUGCAAAGUCCUACCUCAGCAGCGAAGACGGAAAGUCCUUUGUCCCGCCUCGGUCUACUGCUACUCGCUCACACGUCUCUUCCCAAUACUCCGAGUCUUCCUAUGCACCUUCAGAGUCGACUGCACGCACAACACCACCAGCUUCAAAAAGCGGACCAUACGCGACAGCCGAUCCUAACAAGAUUGUCAUCAAGGCUGUCUAUCUCUUCAAUGACUUGUUCCCAAAGCCCGUUGCUCAACUCGUAGCCAAUGUAGGAAAGGUAACCGACGGGCUCAUUCUGAAGAUUCAAUCCGAGGGUUUGUUCAUCGAUGAUGAUGUGCGAGGCAUUCCACAACGUGAGUGGGAUGUCAAGGCUUGGACGCUGAAAAUGGUAGAGACUGGCAAGCAACCCGCCAAGAACCUGCAUAUUCUCCGAGCCUCUGUCCGCGAUGCCGAUGGCAAAAAAUACGUCUUCCUCAUUGACGACAGUGAGAGCUGGAAACUGACGCUUGGUCUGCAGCGUCUCCGCAAGGGCAGCCAAGUGCGUAGUCUGCAGAGUGCUCAGAUGGCCCCCAAUGAGAUGGCCCGUGUACUCAAUGCUGUGCCACUAAUGGCCUUUUAA